UUCCCACAACGCAUUGCGCGCUGCUCAGGGUCUCUGAAUGACAGAAAGGACAUGAAUAAAUGCGUGUGUGUGGUAGGGAAGUCACAUCAUGCCGGAUCUAAUCACUCCUGUAUGUAGCUGUGCACAUUUCUCAUGGCGCGCUGUGUGUUUAGCCACAGGACGGGUACGACUUUGAUUAGUUUAGCAGGUCAGUCAGUAGACAUCCCUUAGCAAAGCUAACGUUAGCUGACUCACGUUUGGUGACUACCGUAACACUUCACAAGCUAAUACGAAACAUUUGAGUUUUAGGAGGUCGGUCUGUGAUUUCUCCCCUAUAAAGCUUCUUUGUAAAUGUGACUGAGCAUGUGCAGCUGAUUUAUUUAUUUUUUCUUCAAUGUUUUCAGCUGCUGAACCGAUGGGAUGUUGAAGUCAGGUCCCUGUCAGACUGUGGUCUUGUCUCUCUGUUGGCAGACCGUUGGGAGCAGAAGCUUGUUUGGGAUGCAGCGGUUAGUGUGCGCUAGAGUCUUCCGGCAGACUGCUGUCCUGCUGCAGAUCAGUCCUCCGCCCCGCAGCCGUCCCGCGGCCCACAGCUGCUGGAAACACAUGAGCUCUCAGAGAAACACCAGCAGAGAUCAUCCGGGAAGCCCUGCUCCAGGGCAGGAGGAUCCGGACCCUCUGCAGGACAAAUCCAGUGGCCUCAUUCAGAGAUUCAAGAAAACCUUUAAGCAGUACGGCAAAGUCGUGAUCCCUGUGCACCUGCUGACCUCUACAGUGUGGUUCGGCACUUUUUACUACGCUGCAAUGAAAGGAGUGAAUUUGGUGCCAUUUCUCGAGUACGUUGGGUUUCCUGAUAAGGUGGUGAAACUCCUGGAGAAUUCUCAGAGCGGCUACGCACUGACCGCUUAUGCCAUGUACAAGAUCGCCACACCUGCGCGCUACACGGUGACUCUCGGAGGAACGUCGCUGUCUGUGAAGUACCUGAGGAAGCACGGGUACAUGUCCACCCCUCCGCCCGUGAAGGAAUACCUGCAGGAGAAGAUGGAGGAGACCAAAGAGAGGAUCUCUGGGAAAAUGGAGGAGACCAAGGAUCGUAUAUCCGAGAGGAUGGAGGAAACGAAAGACAAAUUCACAGAAAAACUUCAAGAAACCAAAGACAAAGUGUCUUUCCGAAAGAAAAAGGAAUAGGUUUAUAGACUUACAAAAGUCACGAAGUGACUUUAUCCCCCCAUAAUUUCAUUUAGAUUCACGUUAUUUAACAAUAUAAUGCACUUAAGGAAACAACAUGUCUUAUGCAUAUAUGAAGAAGUGUAAUGUAGCCUGUAAGCUCUACACUUACUGUUCACAAAAUCUGCUAAACUAUCACAAGUGAGAUUCAUAAGUUGACCAUAGUUUCUAGAUAUAAAAUAUCACAGUCUGCUGAAAGCCGUUGGACUCUACUUGAAGUGUUUUUAACGGAUGAGAGUGUGUUUUCUAAAGAGAACGGCAGGUGUAGUGUGUCCAGUAUCGUAUAUGUAAUAUUUGGUUGACUUUACCACAUAGCACUGGCUCUUUCAGUUCAUGCAUUUGUGAAAUGUUAUUUCAAUUAUGGAUUCUAAACAGCACAGACUUGUCACAUACGUUGCUGAGAAUGAAAUGGUUGUGUCAUAAAAUCUUGGCUGCGUCUGAAAGCCUAGGCAGCUGACUUGCUGCCUUAUGAGGCAAUGACUUUGCAGGCAGCGUUUUUGGACAA